AACCACUCAUUUUUCAAAACAACACUAUUCCACCCAUUUUCAUUUUCCGAAAAUGGGGGCCAAACAGAUACUAGUGGGAUUUACUUAGCAUUGUUAAAUUUCUGAAUUUGCUUAUUACAUUGUGCAUUUAUGAUUUUAUUAUUAUUAUUACUAUUUUUUUGAGAUUUUAAUUUACACUCAACUGUCAUGAAGUGCAUGGUUUCCACUUGAGCCCCAGAGGUUUUUGUGCAUGGUUUCUCUUUGACAUUUAAUGCUGAAACUGGAUAUUAGAUAUUUGCUGUCUUCUCUCUUUAAUAUUUGUCCCUUGGCCUACUAUAUUUUUUAACCUGUUAAAUUUUCUGGAUAAUUUCUGUUGGGCUGCUUUUCAAGGUGAUUCACUUGGUUGGCAUUUUACGUUGCUUUGUUUCUAUUAAUUUAUCAUUUCAGAAUUUCGUUAUUUUUCUACAACUUUUUGGUUGAUUGUAAGACAGUUUAGUUUUAUUUACUGAAUUUUUUAUGGUGCAUCUCUCUGGUCUUGUUAUAACAGUUCUAUGCUUUUGACCUUAUAUUUUUUUAUGUUCGCAAAGAGCAAGGAUGUCUGAGUUUGCAAAAGUUGUCAGUUUAGAGUUUCCACUGGGCUAAAAAGUUCACAAUCUUGAUAAAGGAAACUUUUAGAUAGUUGAAAGUGCGAGGAUUUCUCUUUAUCGAUGAUAACUGAAAGCUCUCAAGGAUGACUGAAUUUGCAAAAGUUGUCAGUUUAGAGUUUCCACUGGGCUAAAAAGUUCACAAUCUUGAUAAAGGAAACUUUUAGAUAGUUGAAAGUGCGAGGAUUUCUCUUUAUCGAUGAUAACUGAAAGCUCUCAAGGAUGACUGAAUUUGCAAAAGUUGUCAGUUUAGAGUUUCCACUCGGCUAAAAGUUCAUGUUCUUGAUAAAGGAAACUUUAAGAUGGUUGCUAGUGUAAGAAUCUCUUUAUUGAUGAUGGCUGAAAGCUCCCAAGGUUGGAAAAUAAGAUAGCUCUCCUGUUGCUUUCUCCUGAUCCUUGCUCGAGUAGUAUCUAAUAUGAUCUUGAGUUUUCGUGUAUAAUUAUUUUGGACCAACAGGAGGGCCUUAAUAUUUUUCGAAUUAGCUCUUCUUGCUAUCGAGCAUUGAGGUGGGAUCCUUUAUUCAAUAGAUAAAUUUCUUGUGUCCACGCUGGCGGAUAGUAUGCGUAGAAUCUGUGAAUUGGGUAAUGCCCCUGUCUAGAUUUCUUGCUGAUGCACUUGGUGUGGUGACGAUUUGUCUUGUUGUUGUUCUGGUCCUUCUGGGUAUAUUCUGCAUCGUGUAUUCGUUUUACUUCCAUGAUCGGAUCCAUGGUCAAGGUCUUGUUCGGCUCAACUACUUUAGUGGUCCUUGGAUUAUCAGAAUUACAUUCAUCUUUUUUGCGGUUUGGUGGGGUUUUGGAGAGAUUAUUCGGUUAAAUCUGUUGAGAGGGGAGGGAAGAGUCCUGAAUUCCCUCAACUUGAAACGUCAGAAAACUGUUUGCAAAUGCUAUGUUGUUUCAAAUCUCGGGUUUGCCGAACCAUGCCUGAUCCUCAUUCUCAUAUUUCUACUUCGUGCAACCUUGCAGAAGUCUGGAACAUUAAGCCGGAGGUGGAAUGCAAAAACAGCUGCUUAUGUGCUUCUUUAUUGUCUCCCAAUAUUUGUUCUUCAGGUGAUUGUAAUUCUAAUUGGAACAUGGCAUAACAAGGAGAGUUUUGUGCACAGAUUACCUCCUUAUUUCACCAAGGCUUCAGCUUUUUCUAAAACAAAGGACAAUGAUAAUGUUGCCCUCUGCACUUACCCUCUGUUGAGUACCGUUGUCCUUGGUCUUUUUGCCACCCUCCUAACAACUUACUUGUUCUGGCUUGGGAGACAAAUUCUUCAUUUGGUCAUCAAUAAGGGUUUACAAAAGAGAGUGUAUACACUAAUCUUUUCUAUUUCUGGUUUUUUCCCAUUACGAGUUCUUCUUCUUGGAUUAUCUGUGCUAUCAGAGCCGGAUAAACUUUUAUUUGAUGCUAUUUCAUUCUUAGCUUUUCUUUCCUUUUUAUGUUGUGCGGUGGUGGCCAUCUGCAUGCUCGUGUACCUCCCCAUUGCAGAUUCUUUAGUCUUGAGGAGUCUACAAAGAGAUAUAGAGGCUAUGAGGUUUAUUGAUGAAUAUGAUUCACUAAUUCAUAAUGAAGGCCCUUCCAGAACAAGUAUGCUCACUAGUCCUGGGAGAAAUUCAGCUUCUUUGGAAAGGAGUGGAUCGAUAUCUUUUCGUACGAUGGUAAAAGAUGAAACCUCUGGGGCAUUUGUGGAUGUGAGCCUAUUUACUCCUAGUCAGCCUUCAACCCCAUCCGGGUCACCUAAACUUGUUGGCUGGCCUAUGCUCUCACCUUCAUAACUUCAUGGAUCUUAAAAGCUAAUGAGGAGGGUAUAACAUUUUUGGGGUGAAUGAAAACUCUGUAAAGGAUUGCUGAUUUUGUUUCUGUAAAGGAUUGCUGAUUUUGUUUUGUUAUUGACAUUAUGACAUAGGUUUGCUUGUUACUCAUCUAUGCUUUUUUUUAGGUGGAUCUCUUGUAUCUGUAUCUAUCAACAGUUGACAGUUUUAUAACAAUUAGCCUUUGUUUGAGCUCCA